AUGCCGGAACUGGCGCGGUCAAUUCCUCGCUCAUGGACCUCGACUUUGAAACUUCCUAAAUCCUCAUUCCCUCCACGCGUAUCGCCUGUCGAUUGGACAAAAUACCUGAAACGAUGCACCGAUGAUCUCUACGCCUGGCAACGCCGCGAAAGGCCCGCCGAACAACCAUUCGUCCUACACGAUGGUCCACCGUAUGCGAAUGGCGACCUCCAUGUUGGUCAUGCGCUCAACAAGAUCUUAAAAGAUAUCAUCUGUCGCGUACAAUUGGGUCGUGGGAAGAGGGUGCGGUACGUGCCAGGCUGGGACUGCCAUGGACUUCCGAUCGAGCUUAAAGCGCUCCAAGGCCUGCGCGAUGAGGAUAUUGCAAGUGGACCAGUCAGUGCGGCGGUUAUUCGCACGACCGCACGGAAAUUGGCAAGACACACCGUGAAGGAGCAGAUGAAAGGGUUCCGUAGCUUCGCGGUCAUGGCCGACUGGGAGAACCACUGGAAGACCAUGGACAAACAAUUCGAGAUGCGACAAUUGGGUAUCUUCCGGGAAAUGGUGGACCGGGGACUCAUCUACAGAAAGUUCAAGCCGGUUUACUGGUCACCUUCAACGGGUACCGCUCUUGCGGAAGCAGAACUAGAAUACAAGGAGGAUCAUAUCUCGACGGCUGCUCUGGUUAAGUUCCCUCUCGUCGAUAUCCCGUCGCAUCUCUCUAAGAAUCCUCUUCUCCAUGGAAAGGAUCUGAGUGCCGUGAUUUGGACCACUACCCCCUGGACGCUGCCAGCCAAUGCUGCCAUUGCAGUCAGCGAGUCUUUGGAAUACGCUAUCGUUCUGUCGGAAAAACAUGGUUAUCUUCUUAUCGCUCAAUCCCGGUUUGAAUAUCUUCAGAAUAUGCUGAAAGAAGAACUCUCUGUCAUUGUGCCGUCUAUUUUGGGGUCCGAGCUAGCCGAACAAACUACAUAUCGACCACUAUUCAAAGGGCCUGAAGCCCGCCCGCAGCCCAUCUUCGCUGCGGACUUCGUUACUGCGGAUUCUGGCUCUGGUAUGGUUCACUGCGCGCCUGGUCAUGGAAUGGACGACUACGAAGCAUGCCUUGCGCGUGGCAUACCUGUGUUCGCUCCCGUUAACGAUGAGGGCAAAUUCACAGAUAAAGCCAUGCCUCUCGAUCCUACACGUUUAGCCGGAAAGCCUGUCUUGGGAGAAGGUAACACCGCAGUAUUGGAAUGGGUCGAAUCGUGUGAUCAGUUGCUUGCCCAACAUAAGUACGAGCACAAGUACCCUUAUGACUGGCGCUCAAAGCUUCCGAUCAUUGUUCGGGCUACCGAACAGUGGUUUGCCGAUGUUGCCGAUAUCCGCAGUAGUGCUCUUCGAGCGUUGGAAGAUGUCCGGUUCGUCCCUGAGACUGGAAAGCAGCGACUGGAGAACUUUGUGAAAAACCGGAGUGAAUGGUGUAUCUCGCGCCAGCGCGCGUGGGGUGUUCCUAUUCCUGCAAUCUAUCACCGGAGCACUGGAGAGGCCGUCUUGACUAAAGAUAGUGUUUCACAUAUCAUGGCCAUGAUUGAAGAGCGCGGAAUCGAUGCUUGGUGGACUGACAGUGCGGAUGAUGCUGCAUGGAUUCCUCCGUCCUUGCGGGACGAGGCUGGAGCGGGGUAUCGACGUGGAACGGACACUAUGGACGUUUGGUUUGACAGUGGCACCAGCUGGGCAGAGAUCGAUAUUCCUAUCGAAGGACGGAGUCAUCCAGCGGACGUGUAUCUCGAAGGUACUGAUCAGCACCGUGGCUGGUUUCAAUCCGGGCUUCUCACCUAUAUCUCGCACCAGCUCGGCUCGAGUCAAUUCCCUACGCCUCGUGCGCCAUUCAAGAACCUCAUCACUCACGGGUUCACCCUAGAUGAACAUGGGCGGAAAAUGAGCAAGUCGAUUGGUAACGUGCUCUACCCGCAGACCAUCAUGGAUGGAACUCUACUGCCUCCUCUUAAACCUCGCAAAGGCAAAGGAAAGAAGCAACCCGAGAGCCAAGAACCUAUGUACGACGCUCUUGGCCCGGAUGCACUUCGCAUGUGGGCGGCGAGCAGUGACUACACGCGCGACGUGGUGAUUGGAAAACAGGUACUUCAGACUGUCAACACCAGUCUCCACAAGUUCCGUGUCACCUUCAAGUUACUGCUAGGUGCCCUUGCCGAUUUCCGUCCUGAGAACGUUGUCCCAUACGGGGAGCUGCAGCUAGUCGAUCGAAUUGCACUCAAGCAUCUCUCAGAUAUGGUACUCACGUCUCAGAAGGCAUGUGCCAACUUCGAGUUCUACAAGGCCGUGAACACGAUGAACCGGUGGGCCAACCUCGAGUUUUCUGCUUUCUACAUGGAGGCGAUCAAGGAUCGACUGUACACCCUUGGUGAGGACAGCACAAGUCGCCGGGCCGCACAAACGACCUUAUUCUACAUCUACAAUUAUCUUCAAGAGGUGCUAGCUCCCAUCACACCAGUCCUUGUGGAAGAAACUUGGGAACAUACUCCCGAGUCUAUCCGCACUCAAUCUGAGCAUCCCCUGCAACGUAUUAUUUCCGCCCCGGCCCCGGAGUGGCAGGAUUUAGCCCUGGACACCAGCUACCAGGAGCUGACGGUGGUCCACUCCGCUAUCAAGAACUUGCAGGAGCAAGCCCGCAGUAAAAAGCAGCUUGGCUCCUCCCUGCAAUCCUUUGUUCACAUUGUGCUCCCUAACAACUCUGGAUUAUUCCAACAGUAUCUGUCAGAGCUCCCUGAUCUCUUUGUUGUGUCUUCCAUUACUCUCUCCUCUCACAGUGAAGCACUCCCGACCGACAUUCAGGAUGCUGACUGGCAAUAUGAGGAGACAUUUGAGCUUGAUGGUCAGUCAGGCAAAGUUCUCCUCUUUGAUCUUCUUUUGAUCUUACUUUUCCAUCUUCUUUUCAUAUUUCUCAAAUUCAGUAUGAUUCAAUCUUUUGAUUUUACUCCAACGGCACCUGCCACUACAUCUUCAGUGGCACCUAUUCCCACUGUAAUUCCGGGAUCUGAAGUCUACCAAGAACUUCAUGAUGUGGGUAAACGGACUCUCUGGGUUGUCACUGUGUUGAUGGGCAUCUCCUCGCUAGUGUUCUAUACUCUGGCCGCUCGUGCUCCUCUGCCGAAACGAAUCUUCCACAUUCUAACCUCCCUAAUAACCACCAUCUCCUUCAUUAUCUACCUUGCCCUUUCCACGGGCCAAGGUAUAACAACCAAACAUGCCAGUAUCCACGAACCCCACAAACAUGUUCCAGAUACACAUACAGACUAUAUCCGUCAGGUCUUAUGGCUACGCUUUGUAAACUGGGCAUUAACAACACCCCUGUUGUUCAUCAACUUCGCCCUUCUAUCCGGUCUACCAGGCGCAAACCUACUCAUCGGCAUUGUCGCCCACCUGAUCAUGUUAACAACGGCUCUAUUCGGCAUAUUUGCAGGCCACGGCCGCGAGCGCUGGGUCUGGCUGACUCUCUCGUGUAUUUCCUACCUGGUUGUGAUCCACCAUGUAGGUUUCCACGCGCAGCGAGCAGCAAAGAGCAAGGAUGCCCAGAUAAGACGGUUCUUCGGGUCUAUUUCUGGGUCUGCAAUUGCCAUGCUAGCACUGUUCCCUAUUGCCCUCGCGGCUGGUUCUCUUGCGCUUAAGCUGAGCGUUGAUACAGAGACCGUUCUCUUUGCUAUACAGGAUGUUUUUACCCAAGGUGUUCUUGGAUACUGGCUUCUGUUGGCUCAUGACAGCACGUCUGGAAUUGCGCUGUAUAUGGAAGGAUUCUGGUCGCAUGGUGUCGGCAAUGAAGGAGCUAUCCGUAUCGCCGAUGAAGAGGGUGCGUAA